UUGUCAUGUUAUUGCAGGAUAAACCACACGGUGAUCCUGGAGGACCCCUUUGAUGACCCUGCCGGCCUGCCUGUGCCGGAUCGAUCACCUGAGCCCACCAAAGAGCAGCUGGAUAGUGGCCGUAUUGGAGCAGACGAAGACAUAGAUGACACGGAGGGAAAAGCCGCAGAGGAACUGGAGGAGAGGCUGAAGGAGAAGGAAGCCAAAACCCAGGCCAUCCUCCUGGAGAUGGUGGGAGAUCUCCCCGACGCAGAGGUGAGGCCUCCAGAGAACGUCCUGUUUGUGUGCAAACUGAACCCAGUCACCACCGACGAGGACCUGGAAGUCAUCUUCUCUCGCUUCGGGAGCAUGAAAAGCUGUGAGAUCAUCAGAGACUGGAAAAGUGGAGAUUCCCUUUGCUAUGCUUUUAUUGAGUUUGAAAAGCAAGAAGACUGUGAGAAGGCUUAUUUCAAAAUGGACAACGUGCUCAUCGAUGACCGACGCAUUCAUGUAGACUUCAGCCAGUCAGUCUCAAAGAUCAAAUGGAAGGGGAAAGGUGGGAAGUACACUAAGGACGACUUCAAAGACUAUGAGAAAGACGUGGAGAACAGGUCAAAACUGGCUCUAAAGGAUCAAGUCAAGCCUAAACACGAUUCCAAGUAUGACCUGCUGAUUGAGGAGGAAGGAGAGACAACGAACCAUCAGCACCUGGGGAAGAAGCACAAGGAGAAGAGGCACCGCCAUUCAGACGAUGAGAGCAGCAAAAAGUCCAAAAAGCACAGGGUAAAUCCAUGA